UAGCCUUCAUUGCCUGAAGAGAUAUUAGAAGUAGUAGAGACAAUCCCUGCAACACAAAUGGAGGAGAUUGUUCGAUCUCAACACCUCAGUGAGUUCCAAAAUAUCGAAGUUGCGUAAAAGUUGAAUGGAAGAAAUUAUCUUAAAUGGUCUUAACUCAUUUGAACCAUACUGAAAGGAAAAGGAAAGAUCAGCCAUCUCACAGAUUUGGGGCCAAACGAGAGGAUCCUCGAUUUGAAGCAUGGGAUGAAGAAGAUUCUAUGAUCAUGGCAUGGCUAUGGAACUUUAUGACCCUUGAGAUAAGUGACACAUACAUGUUCUUGGCUACCGCCAAGGAUAUUUGGGAUGCACUCGAACAAACAUACUCUGGCAAGAGAUGCGAGCCAAGUGUACAAGGUAAGGUAAAGACUAUGGUUGCAAAACAAGGUAGUAGGAUAGUUACUGAAUAUGUCAAUCAGUUGAAAUCUUUGUGGCUGGGGCUUAACCACUACAGGGUUGUAAAAACUAAAUGUUCUGAAGAUGCAGCUAUUUUAAAAGGCUUUAUCGAGCGAGACACAAUCUAUGAUUUUUUGGUUGGACUUAAUUCAGAAUUUAACCAAGUCAGAAUCCAGAUUUUUGGCAAAGAUGAAGUUCUAUGUUUUAAUGAGGUUGUGGCCAUAUUCCGAGGAGAAAAAAGUAGAAGAAACUUGAUGCUUGAACCACAAAUCACAAAGAGCUCUACUAUGGUGGCUAAAGAUGGAAGUAAAUCAGCCAUAAAUUCUGAAAAAGCACAAACCUCUGAAUAUCAAAGACUUGGGCGACCAAAAGUGCAGAAUCAUGAUAACUUAUGGUGUACUUACUAUAAGAAGUCACGUCAUACCCGUGAAAGUGCUGGAAGCUUCAUGGAAAACCUCCAAGCCAAGAGUGGGGACAGAAAGGAGAUUGAACAAAAAAAGAUGGUUAAGCCCAUGUUGUUGCAGUUCAACCAAAUGAAGAAAUAUGUAAGGAGUCAAAUCGUCUCAGCUCAAGAAGAGGUUGAGAGGGUAAGAUCUCUCAUUGGCAGCGUCGAAAAGCCUUAAGGUAUCAUUGUUGCAUUUGGCUGACAUCACAGAGAAGGGUGUCACAUUUCAGUCUCCUGUUGAUGGGAAGCCAAUGCUCCUGACGCCUGAAGAAUCAAUCCAAAUUCAAGUAGAACAAAAUUGGAGCUGAUAUCAUUAUGGCCCUUGAUGAUGUCGUCAGAACCACCAUUACUGGUCCACGUAUUGAGGAAGCUAUGUAUCGCACUCUUCGGUGGAUUGAUAGAUGUAUAGCGGCUCAUAAGAAGCCUGAUGUGCAAAAUUUGUUUGGAAUUGUACAAGGUGGAUUGGACCCAGUUCUGAGAGAUAUUUGUGUUCGGGGCUUGGUUGAGCGUAACUUGCCAGGCUAUGCUAUUGGUGGUCUUUCUGGUGGUGAGGAUAAAGACUCUUUUUGGCGUAUUGUUGCUCAGUGCACAGCUGCAUUGCCAGAAGAUAAGCCACGAUAUGUCAUGGGUAUCGGUUAUCCACUUGACAUUGUUGUUUGCAGUGCUUUAGGUGCAGACAUGUAUGAUUGUGUUUAUCCCACACGUACUGCUCGCUUUGGUACCGCACUUGUACCUGAGGGAGUCCUGAAGCUUAAACACAAGGCCAUGGCUAGUGAUGAACGCCCAAUUGAUCCUACAUGUCCAUGCAUGGUAUGCAAGAAUUACACACGAGCUUACAUUCAUUGCCUGGUGACAAAAGAUGCCAUGGGCUCACAACUUUUGUCGUAUCAUAAUUUGUCAUAUAUGAUGAGGCUUAGCAAGGACCUACACACGUCAAUAGUCGAGGGACGAUUUCCUGAGUUUGUGCGAAGUUUUUUGCGUGCACAGUUCCCGAAAGGCGAUGUUCCUGAAUGGGUUUGCAAUGCAAUGGAGGUUGCGGGCAUCGACAUCUCUGCAUGCUGUGCUCCCUUCCCAUCAUCAAUGAAUGACUUUGCUGAAGAAUUUGCAGCAUGAUAACCUAAUCUCUUACUCCAUGACUAACUUAGUAUGCCAAUUCCAUCAAUGUUGAUAUUAUAUAUAUAUAAAUAUAUAUUAAAGUUGAAUGUGCAGCAUAUAUUUUGCUAUCAAUAUGCUGCAUUAUUGUGGAAUUGUCCAGACUAUUCUAGUGUUUUUGUUCUACCAAUUUUUACUGACUAUUUUUUUCAGUUCAUUAGAAAGUCUGUUGCUGACUGGUGUCUUUACUUAAGUGCUUAUCAGAUUGUAAUGUUGUCAGCAUUUAAUAUUCUCCAGAUGAAUAAAUUAUUAAACAGGUAUAACUUGAUGUUU